AAACAAGGGUACUGACUUAACAUUACACUCUGUGCUGCCGGUUAAUUUUAAAGUAGGUGUUGCAGCCGCCGAGGAAAUGUAGAGAGCAGAUAUCUUACAAAUCUGUCCAAUUUCAUUUAAUUUCUCAACACCUCAACGACCAUUAAAAUAUUCAGAUUGAAUUCCUAAAUUGUGAUAGCCCUGCAAUAAUCUGUUCUGAAUCAUUCAUUUAUUGUACAACAAUGAAAGAGUGUCACAAAACAUGUCUUUUGUCUCUGGAGUAGAACCUAAGAGAUCUCUUAGUGAUCAGCCAGUGAGUUGAAUUUCGCUUAUAUUAUACAUACUAUGCAGUAACUAAGUAGGCCUACAAUUUCGUUCGUUUGUUUUAUUAAAAAAAAAAGAAAUGGAAGGUAAUGAUGAAAACAACACUACAAGCAUUAUGGAUGAAAAGCAUAAAUUGGAAUCAGACAAGUAUCUUAUAGUUAAGAAAAAUGAUGCGUCCAUAAAUAUUAACAGACAGUUUAAGGAUAAAAAGUCAACAUGCAAUUGUUGUUCAAGAAGAAAUAAAUUGAAGCCAAAGUCUGCAGAGCAAGAGAAGAAAGAGAAUACAUUUUCGUUGGUUGUCAAACUUGUUGGCUCGGUUCUAGAAGAGUCUGAUGAAGGCUACAGUAUUGAAUCUGACCACAACCUUCGGAAUUUUCUUUUCAAGCUUAUUAAUUUAUUAAAAAAAGAAGAUUGUUGUCUUGUUUUGCCUAAGGGAAAUAACAACACUUUGUAUAAAUUAGUUGAAAGAAUAAGUCAAACUCUAACUAAAGAAUAUGAAAAAGUUGUAUUUUCAACAGAGGAAGACUUUCUGAAAUUGAUAAGUGAUUUCAGACAUUUUGAAUGUCUCCUUGUUUACAAUGGAGAUCAUAUGGAUGAGAAAGAACAGGAAGAGUAUAUCAAAAAUAAUAGAAAUAUCAUAAUUUUGAAGGAAUCUGAAAAUUUAACCAGAUUUGAAAAAGCCUUAAAUGAUAAAUCUAGUGACGUACUAAAAGGGAAUGUUCAUUCAAAGAAUUACGUCACAAUGAACAUCAACCAAACAUGGACAGAAACUUCCAUUGCACAGAAGAUAUUACAUUCCUAUUUGGGUAAAGACAAUGUAGAAGAUUUUCUUUUACUGUGCAUUCGGCUGAAUCAGUUAGAUCUUGCAGUUCAGCAUGGUGGACUGUGGAAGUUCAACUCACUGGAGUCUCAGGCUAAGGAUGAGAAUAAGCUCAUAAGAAAACAGAUCGUGUUGUUUUCCAAAAAUCUUGAGCGCUUUGACUUUAUCAAAUAUCUUAUACAACAUGGAGUGAAAAUAAAAGACUAUUUAGAGAGAGACGAUAUCAUUGACAAUACAGAGAAAAACAAAGCCCAUCUAAAAGUUAAAUAUUUAAUUGAAACAGAAGAUGAACAGGGAGAACAGAAAAAGCAAAAGCUGAGAUGCGAUAACUAUGACAAAACAAAUGAUCAAAGCUCAAACACAGGAAAUGAUUCCAAAGAACGCGAUCUUUAUAUAUAUGCAGUUAUAACAGAAAAUUUUAAAUUAGCUGUAUUAUUAUGGAGAACUCUAUCGAGACCGACUAUAGCAGCACUGUAUGCCAUAGAAAUAAUAAAUGAUCUUAAGACAUUAUACAAAAAUGAUCACGACGACCACGAUACUAAACUGGAUAAAGAAAAAAGGAACUUUGAAGACUUGGCCAUUUCCACAUUAAACAAAACAUACGCUACAAAUCCAGACAUCGUUUAUGACUUGCUCAUCUGUAGGUUAGAAGGAUCGUGGAAUGGCUACAGCUGUUUGGACUUAGCAUUAUGUAACAAACUUGGUAAAUUUCUAUCUCAAACACCGUGCAUCAUGCUGAAUGAAGAGAUGUGGAACAAUAGCAGCGUUCCAAGGAACAGUAGAUUCGAACAAGCGAAAAUGGAAACGUCAGAAACAACAAAAAACAGUAGCUGCACUAGCAUUAUCUGUGAACUACAAGCUCCAUGCUGGAUAGCUUUUUUUCGAUUUAUCUCUCACAUUAUGUUUCUGGGGUUCUUUGCUAUUUGGAUAAUCUUCUUUCUAGCAGCUGACACAUUACAUUGGAUUGAAUGGGUACUUUUGAUUUGGGUAAUAUGCUACCUAGCUAAAAUCGUCGAUCAGUGUACACGGAAAGUUAUGAGACACAAAAUGUUAACUUGGAAUUACAUAGACAACAUAGAACGAUUUUCUGUUGUCGUAUUUCUCAUUUCCUGGAUCUUACAUAUCGCUGCCUACUUACACCAGGACAAUCAGCAACUAAUGGACUGCGUUUUAACACUUUUUAGUAUUGACUUCAUGCUCUUUUGUAUUUUUACUCUAGAGUUCUGCUACGUCAUACAACUAUUAGGACCAAGGCUUAUAGUUUUCCUCGAUAUGAUUAAAAUUUUGAGCCAGUUUCUACUCAUCAUUUUUGCAUUCUUCAUCGCCUUCGCUGUGUCUUCACAAGCUGUUCUGUAUCCUAAGACACAACUGACUGGUUUGUUAUUUUUUCGUAUCUUCAAACGACCUUUUUGGUCAGUGUUUGGAGAUUUUACGUUGGAUGAGCUUGAACCUAGUGAAUGUACUUUUAAUGCAUCAGUGUACUUGGACAAUGAGCAGCUACGAUGUCCUUCUGAUGUGGGAAGAUUCUACGUUCCAAUAAUUAUGGGCAUCUAUGUCAUUAUAGUUAAUAUUCUUCUCUUCAAUUUAAUCAUCGCACUGUUCAACUCUGCAAUAAAAACUAAUGAGCAACAAACGGAAGAAUUAUGGCAUCGUCUGUUUAUGUCAUUUACCUGUGAACAUAGUAUACUUUUGUUUAUGAUGCCGCCAAUCACCUUGUUGUUUCGUCUGCUACCAGAAGAUGAGAAAAACAGACAUUACCCAUUCAAUUUCGAAGCAAAGUACCUUGAUACAAUGAUCAAAAUAGCCAGUAUUGAACAACAACAAAGAGACAUGUAUCUUAUAGAAGUUGAAGACAUAAAAUGGAACACAGUUAAUAUUGCAACAUCUAUAGUCGGUUCACAAGACACCUACAACUAUAACACGUAUAAUAUUUUUCCCUCACAAGAAGAAAUGUUAAAACUUGUACAGAACGAAGUAACAGAGAAUAAAAAGAAGAUAUUAAAAGAAGUACAGAAAACAGUUUCUCUUGCUUUAGCAGACGUUUCAAAAGAAAUAUUAAAAGUCAUUCAAGAAGAUUUAAAAUUGAUGAAAGAAAAGUUAUUGCAAGAAGGACAGGAAACAGUUUCUAUUGCUAUACAAGAAGUUUCAAAAGAAAUAUUAAACAUUUUUCAAAAAGAUGUAAUAAAAUUGAUGAAAGAAAAGUUAUUACAAAAUGGACAGGAAACAGCUUCUAUUGCUAUACAAGAAGUUUCAAAAGAAAUAUUAAACAUUUUUCAAAAAGAUGUAAUAAAAAUGAUGAAAGAAAAGUUAUUUACAAAAGGACAGCAAACAGUUUCUAUUGCUACAUCAGAAGUUUCAAAAGAAAUAUUAAACCUCAUUGAAAACUUUGUCACAUCGAUGAAAGAAAAGAUAUUAAAAAUACUGUAAGUAUGACAAUAGUUAAAAGUACAGACAGUAACAUCGCAGCACUACUGUAAUUCUAUGAUGCUAUUCAUUUUGUGAUUAAUUGUUUAAACUCUUGAUUUUUCGAGCGUGGGUUCUUGGGUUCAAAUCUCGCUGAAGACUGAGACAUUUAAUUUUCUGGAUUUUUAAACAACUUGCUCGUUAACCGCUAACCAAAGAAAUAGUUAAUUUUACUUUCCAAAUUUCGACUUUAACGCUAAAAUACCAUGUACUUACUAAAUAAGCAGAAAAUUUGCAAAUUCUUACCUCCACAUUGAGCAACCUCAACUUUUGCAAAAGUAACCACUCCAUUAAAAUUAGUUAUACAACAAUUUAAGAAACAAUGCCAAGUUAGUCCCAAUCCUACACUAAUGGCCACUACGGAAGCAAUUUGAUACGUUGAAAAGUGACAUGUUAUAAUCCCCUGCAUUCUCUCUUCACUUUCCCCGCCUAGUUCGGACAGAUUUGACUUUUGAUGAAAACUUUUAAAAAGCCGCUUUCAUGGGUUCAAGCUGAGAUGCUUCUGCUUGCCUUGACUAUCACUUUCAAGCCCUCUCCCCUUCCAUCCAUUUUUCCUUCUUAUCUUAUUACUCAACAACCCUGCACGAGGUAACAAACAGGCACUAAAGACUAAGACUUCACUGGUUCUUCGGAUUAUACCUAAAAGUCAUGUCCAUCUCUUGCUGCAAAGACAUCUAAAUCUAUUUUUUUUUCAAUAUUUGGAUUGGAGGUAAGUUGAGUUUCGUUUCUAUUUUUUCAUAAUAAUAUCAGAAUUAUAGAUGCUUCAUCUUUUUUUUUUUUUUACAAAGCUUAUGUUAACUCAAUAUGUCUGUCUCUCUUGUAAAAGUUGGGACACGUCAUUUUUAUAAAUCAUACUCUCGGUUCAAGUUAAAAUUUUGCACAAUUAUUCAUUGGCAAAGAAAAAAGUGACUGGUUAAGCGCUUGACUUCUGUAAAGCCCAUGUUGAAUGACAUUUCUAAAUAUCUCACUUCUGCUGGUUAUCAAAAUGUAAGGGUCAAAUUUUUGGUCAAUGUGUGCAAUAUUGAGGAAUGCUGGGUUCGUGCAUCCACUUAACACAUAACGGACAUGAAUAGAAAACAAUAAUUGAGUUGAUAUUUGACAAACAAAUAAGACGUUUAUUCAUUAAUAAUAUACUUCACUUCUGGUCGUUACAAAAAUGAUCCAAUACAUAGAAAUAUAGUUACACCCGUAUAACAGCGGUAUUAAACAUAUCCAAUAUAGGUUUUUAUAUAACUUUACCUUUAAAUCACAUCCGCAUCACAGUGGGUAACAAUAAACUUACAAUAAUAUGUGUUCAGUACCAAGUAUAGAAAACAUCUAUUAGAACUAUAUGUACUAUCUCUACUUUCAGAGACGACUCUACUCAGCUCUAAGUUACUACUGUUCUCUAAUAAUUAGAAGAUACUACCGACUCUCAAGGGACCAUUCUCUCGACUCUUACUACUGUUCUCCUGUGACCAAAAGAUACUACUGACUACAAGUAAAUUUAGUCAUUCUUACUUCCUGUUUCUAUAUCAAGAGUUCCACGUGUCUUUUCACCAACUUAAUCCGAGGUGAAGAUAUAGCAGGCAAAGUCAACCGAGACUGUAACAUCUUCCGAUUCUGGGAUCCUGGGUUCAAAUCUCAGAAAAGAUUUGGACUUUCGAUUUCGAAAUUUUUAGAUUUCCCCUAUACUCCACCUAGCUUUUUAUGGUACUUGAAUUAAGUUGGGAAAGAAAAGAUGACUGUCUAUUGAGCUGGCCACAAGACACCCUGCUCGUUAAUCGUUGGCCAUAGAAACAGAUGAACUUAACAUUAUCUGGCCUUUAAAUCUCAAGGUCUUAAAAGGAUUUUUUUUUCAUUGACAUGUAAAAGACAUUAUUGGCCUCCUUCAGUCGUAGAACGACAAUGGUUCAUCUCGAACGGGUGACCGGUCAUUUCAUCCCCGGUCACUUCAUUCAAGGACACUUCAUCCAAGGUCAUUUCAUCCGCUGGUCAUUUCAUUUUCGGUCACUUAAUCUCCUGAUCAUUUCAUUCCCCGGUCAUUUAAUCCCCUUGUUAUUUCAUUCCACGGUCAUUUCAUCCCCUGCAAUUUUUAUCAUCUGAACAUUUUAUCUAACAAAUAGUAAUUUAAAAAAUCAUUAAAUGCGCAAUAUUUAAUGUAUUCAUUUUUUAUUUCAAUGAAAAAAAAGUGUAACACGUUAGAUUAGAAUAAAAAUAAAAUUAAAUGCCAUUAAAAACUAUAAAAAUUUAACAUGUAUAAAUAUAGAGAUAAUGUAAAAAAGUGUUUUUAUGUUCAUCUACAUUAGUAAGAUAGAUAUGCUUAGCAAUUAUGAUUAUGAUAUCAUCUCUGGUCUAUCAAACCGUGAAAUCAUAGAAAUACACAGUCAGAUAAAAGCAGUAGCCAAUAUAAAACACAAAAGAAAAAUCUUACUCUGGAACAAUUGUAACCUAACACAACUACACCAAGCUGCAUUAAACAUUCUUAUCGGAAUGAAACAUUAUCCAACCAGUCGAUGACCUCUGGAAUUUCAUAAAAAAACUAUCUUAAAACAUUAUAGAAAACCAUAUACCAACUAAAUACACAUCAAACAAAAUAAAUAAAAGCUGGUUUAAUAAUAUAUUUAAGAAGCUUUGUAAACAGAAGGAAAACCUAUAUAGAAAAUUUAAAGAAACUAAGACAGAAAGAGUUUAUAAAAAGUACAUACAAACUUAAACACCUAACCCAAAAAGUAAGCAGACAGCUGCAGAGUGAAUACAUAAACAAUGUAAUAUCUAAAGAUAACAACAAAAACCUAUGGUCAUACAUUAAGUCUAAGAAAAUGGAAACAAUAGGCAUAGCAUCAUUAAAAGGAGAAGACAUCUUAACACACAAUGAUAAUGAAACUAAAGCUAACAUCCUAAACAAAUAUUUUGCAUCAGCAUUCUCAGGAGACAAAUACAUAUUACUUAAUUUGAACAAAGUAGACAACAUAGGAGAUAUAGAAGUACAAGAAAAAGGAAUCCAAAAACUAUUAGCCUACAUCAAACCUAAAAAAGCAUCUGGACCUGAUGGUAUUCCAGUUAGAUUACUCAAAGAACUAAGCAAUGAGCUAACACCAGUGUUCAAAAUACUUUUUAAGGCAUCUCUUAACCAGGGCAGAGUACCAGGGACUGUCACGCCUCUAUUUAAAAAGGGAGAAAAAUCUAACAAACAUAAUGUCCUUACUCCAUACCAACAUGGCUUUAGGAAAUAUAGAUCCUGUGAAACAUAACUAAUAGGACUAAUUGAUGAUUUUUCAAAAGGUUUAGAUAACAAUGAGCAAAAUAUGCUAUCUCACUAGAUUUUUCCAAAGCUUUUGAUAAAGUUCACCACCAUAGUUUGCUUAAAAAAAUAAAAUAUUUUGGCAUUGAUGGUCCAUUGCAUUUGUGUAUUAAAGAUUUUCUGAUAAAGAGAGAACAAACUGUAAUAAUAAAUGGCUCUAAAUUAACACCAAUAACAGUAAACUAAGGUGUAUCUCAAAGAACAGUCUUAGGUCCACUACAAUUUUUAAUUUGCAUAAACGAUUUACCAAAUUGCAUUAGUUAGGAACAAAUGUUAGAUUAUUCGCAGACGAUAUCAUAAUAUAUAGAACAAUAAAAACAAUACAGGAUACAGACAUUUUACAAAGAGAAUUAGAUGAAUUACAGAAAUUGGAAUCAAAUUGGAGCAUGUCUUUCCACCCAGAAAAAUGUCAGUUAUUAAGAGUAACAAAAAAACUAAAAAUAAAUUAAUUCCACUUAUCUUAUUCAUGAUGAACUAUUAAAACACAAUCUAAAAACGCAAAAUACAUAGGUGCUAUAAUAAAUGAAAAACUGACAUGAAACUAUCAAAAAAUCAAACACAGCAUAAGGGUUUAUAAAAAGAAAUUUAUAUAAAUCAAAUAAGAACAUAAAUUAAAAUGUUAUUUAACCUUGGUUAGGCCAAUAAUAGAAUAUGCAUCCUUUGUAUGGGACCCCUCAACUCAAAAAAAACUAGAAACUGGAACAGACACAAAAUAGUGCAGUGAGAUUCAUAACGAACGAAUAUUUACAUUUGACUAGAGUAACACCUUUGUUAAAUCACAAAGUUUAGAAAGCCUUCAGGACAGAAGACGCAAAAGUAAAGUAGCAAUUAUACAUAAGUCACUAAACCAUAAUCUUCAAAUACAAAAACAAAAUUUAAUAAAAUACUCAGAAAGACAAAAAGAUAAAGGCACAUUCCUCAUCCCAUGCUAGGACAAAUUUGUACAAAUACUCCUUCUUCCCUAGUGCUAUUAGAGCAUGAAAUGGGUUGCCUGGGCUAGCCAGGAAAACAAGUGACUUGGCAGAAUUAAAGUCAUUGGUUAAUAUGCAUGACUGAAUGCAUGACGCGUAGGACGUAAUAAUCUUCUAUUUUCAAGUAACGCCUGUAUUAUAUAAAAUAGUAUUAACGAUUGUAAGUUCAGAAGACGAUCCAAUUUAUAUUGAUGAACAAUGUUUGUAAUUCUCUUUGCCGGUGUUGCAUAUUUCAAGAAAGAGCGAUUGACAAAUAAAAUAAAGUGAAACAUGGCCUUACUUUCACCACACCUUGGCCUUUGAUGAUAAGUUAUCAGUGGCACAGUCAUAAUUAUUGUAAUCACACUUCUAUCUGUCAAAUAAUUUCCACUACUUGCACUACACUUUGAUCUUUGAUGAUAGGUCAUCAGCGGCUUGGUCACAAUUAUUCUAAUAGCACUUCUAUCUCAAAUGAUUUUUACAACUUCCACCAAACCUUGACCUUUGAUCAUUAAGGUCUUGCGCAGGAUAAUAGUAUAAUAUUACAUCACCCAUAUCCAUUACAAGGGCUAUAGCAAAUUACACACCCAGACUUACAAUAUAUUAGAAGAUUUCCCAUUAAGAAUUCAAAGUGUAAGAAAAACACUAUAAACGUAGCAGUAAUUUGUCAUAACAUGUCAAAAAGCAUUCAACAUAGUUUAUAAAUAAAAUAUUUAAUUGGGGAUGAAAUUACAGGGUGAUGAAGUGACCAUGGCAUGAAAUGGCCAGGUGAUGAAAUGACCGGGAACCGUCUUGAACACUUUUUCAUAUGAGUGUGGAGAUCUAGUUUGGAGAGACACCCCUGUCCAUAAAUAUUGCAGGUCAAUGUGGCUUUCGCUUUGGUAGUAGAGGAGCUGGCCAUUUUCUGUGUGACUCGCUUUUCUUCAAGAGCUAAAGCCAAUGUAUUUCUUGGUCACCUUCUCUCUCUGACUAGUGUGGUCUAAGGCUAUGUCUUAGCAAUUGUCAGUAUGUUAUGAAAUGAUUAGGAAUUAGGUAUUUGUUUUGGGAAUAAGGGGAAAGUUUCACUUAUAGACGAAUGACGUGAUAGAUCUUUAAAAUUAAGAACGCUCUUUUUCUUAGGACAGUGGAAAUAAGAAGUAAUAUACAGACGGCUAGCAACAGAGGACAUUCGACAGGUCCCUUCUUGAGUAUUAAAAGUGUUUGCUAUCUCAACACUAGCGUCGACUACCUAUAUUGAUUGUUUUAGCAUUUUGCCGGUGUUUGAAGUUUUGUUUGAUACUAGCAGGAAUAAUAUUGUAACAUUGACAGAUACGAAUAAAUUGUAAAAUUUCGUCCCUUUGAUAAUUUAUCACCUUAUUUCUCCGACACCCAUUCUCCGAUAAAAUUGUAAUUUUAAACAGUUAUUUAUUACACCUAGAAAAAAUAAGAAUAUUUACUUAUUGCCUAGUUAACUAAUUUUUCAUAUGAAAUAAGUAAAAUAAAAAAUCUCUACACUACAUUAACUUUACAUUAUAUAUAUAUAUAUAUAUAUAUAUAUAUAUAUAUAUAUAUAUAUAUAUAUAUAUAUAUAUAUAUUGUUUUUAAUUUAACACACCUCCAAAAGCCACAUGACAAUGUUGUUUUUUUUCAGCGGUGCGUGACAACAGUAAAAAAUGUGUGUGUUCCUUAGAAAAAGAGUCAAUUUAUCUUAUUAACAUCGAUAAUUUUUCGUUGAUACCAGUUAAAGAAAUCAGGACAAAAUGUUUGCAAUCAUUAUCCGAUUAGUGUUGCCCCUUUUUCUUCCAUUUCUAGUAAAUUAUUAAAGUAGUUUACUAUUAUCCAAAACGCUAUCCGAGCUCGCCAUACUUUUCAAAUUGUUACAUAAGUAUCCAACAUGACUUGGUUGAACAAGACAUGGAAAAGUAAAUCAAUGCACGUCAUAAAGAUACAAUUUCAUUUAUAUGCAAUCAUUUCAUACAGAGAAGCAUAUAAAGAUAAAUUCUAUGAAUAUAAGUACCUAAUAUUUCGUGAUUAAACAUAAAGCUUUUGCGAUGUAUAUGUAAUAUUAACAUUAGAAUAAUGAAAUCUGAGCUUAAGCAAUAUUUGUACUUUUGGGAAUUUCUUCAAAGCGAGGAAUAGUAAAAAAAAACAAAAACAAAACAAAAAAAAACUCCGAGGUUAUAAGGUUGAGAAACGCUGGUCUUAGUUUGUAUAAACUAUCUUCAUGCUUGUAUCAAAAUAAUUGCUGAAAUUUUCGAAAAUAUGACUUUUUUUUUUACAUGUAUAUGUUAUAAUUUACUUCCUGUUUUUCUCUUUUUUUACAGUGAUAAAAUAUUGGAAAAAAAUUGGAAAUCUCUGUGUGUUGCUCCAGUUUCAGCCAAAGCAAAUUCCAUUCUAAAUAAAAGAUACAAAUGUUCACCUAAAAAAAGUUUCUAUGCUGUUCGAACCAAUUAUUCUAAUUCAGCUAGAUGGACAAUACAUAGAGGAAGAGUAUUAAAACGAAGACACAAGAAAGAAUUACAAGAAUUUAAAAAUGGUCCAAUGAAAGCUAUCAAUCAUUUACUUUAGCACUUAUAAUAAAAGGAAAAAAUAGUCAAAACUGUCCUCAGCUAACACUUCAGAAUAUGUAAAAUGUGGAAAAUAAUGAUGUUACGAUAUUUGAAAAUUUAAUUAAACAUUCAAAAAAAUA